CGUAGCGUUCUCAGGCAAGCAAGAGCCAGCCAAACAAACCGAUUCCGACCGAUGUGCUCGUCUGUCGCUUUGCCAGGUGUAUGCGCGUCUUGUGAAUUUCUAUCGGAUGUUUGUGAAUGAAAACAAGCGAAAAUACAUGUUUUCGUGGAUGAAUGUGCGCUCAAACGGCCUACUUAUAAAAUAUAACGAAGAACCAAUCAUAAUUAAUGUGUAUUUAUGUGACAAAACAACGUUUUACCCCGUGUCUAAACUACGAAGAGGGCAUUCAUGUUUAUAAAUAUUGAUUUGUUACAUAUCGUGUUUUCUAAGGAUUUUAUUGUGUCCCGAAACGUGAAGUGAGAUGUAGGGAAUAUAAUAACGUGUAAAAGUCAUUAGAAUACGAAAAUGCAACAGUUAGUCCAAACUUACAUGGAAGCGAUCGAUGGUGUAAUCUUGUGUUCUAUUUAAUUGUGUUAUUUUUGUGUUAAGUGCGUGUUUUUAUGACAAUGGAGGGGACUACAGAGAAGGAUUGUUCACCGUUAUGGAAUCUGUACCAGCAGAUCGUGUCGGAAAUGAAGAACAGCGCACCGAUGUGGGAGGAGUUUAUAUCAAAAGCUACGAAACUCCACUCAGCAUUGAAGUCAGCCUUGGUUGCGAUCGCAGCCUUCCUGGACGCAUUCCAGAAGAUUGCAGACGCUGCCACGAAUGCUAGAGGUGCAACUAAGGAGAUCGGUACCGCUUUGACGCGCGUCUGUCUACGCCACAGAGCUAUCGAGACGAGGAUGAAGACGUUUAUAAGCGUCCUAAUGGACACUUUAAUAACACCGCUGUCAGAGCGAGCGGACGAAUGGCGUCGCGGCACUUGCUCAACUGGUGCUCUCUCCCGCGAACACGCGCGGGAGUGCAAGCGUGCCCGCGCGGAACUGCGGCGCAGGGUGACGGAGGCGCAACGACACGCGCGGAAGGCGAGGCGAGCGCCGCCCGAUGCUAAGAAGAGGGCUGAUGUUUGUAUGCAGGAUAUACAAGAGCGUAAACAACAAUUGGAAGACAUGGAAGAGAAGGCGGUGAAAGCCGCGCUCAUCGAGGAACGAAGCCGCUUCUGUCACUUCGUGUCACUGCUGAAUCCCGUUGUGGAAUGUGAAGUGGCAAUGCUAGCGGAGGUUGGGCACCUGCAGGAGGGCAGCGAGCAGCUCAUCCGACACACGGCCGAGCCUAGGACCUUACCUGCUGCUAGUUUACAGGUGAUAUGCGACAUAAAGUCCUGCUACAGCGGCUGGGCGGAGAGUGGGUCGGCGCCGCACUCGCCGUCGGCGUCGCGGCUCGGCAGCCGCAAGUCAUCACUCACGUCUAUAUCCUCGCUCAACAGCCAGUGCUCUGAUCAUACGCAGCAUGGCGUUUCAGGGUCGACAGUGAGUUGCUCGACCCCGAUAUCGAACGCGUCGUCCGCCGGCACCCUCCCCGCGCCCACCAGCGACUCGCACCACUGUCUCACACAGUCCGCGUUCCGGCUGUCGAGUGUAUGCAGCGCGGAUUCAGGCUUCAGGUCGCAAGACGCCUUACAGCGACGCUCGCUCUACGUUGACAAUGGUUCGGACAAUCAGAGCGUGAGCAGCGAGUGUAUCACUCAGGCGAAGAGCCACAUUGAUGACGAACACACCGACGCACAUGACGUCAUCAGUAAUGCAGCAUCAGCAACUUGGCCAGAUUUGAAGGACACUGCACAAUUCGAGAGGGCUGCUUCAGCCAUCAUGGGCGGAAGACCACAUACUAUUUCAGCAGCGUAUGAGCGUGGUCACGCGCGCGCGGCGCUGUGCGCGCACACGUUCUCGCGCGCCGAGCUAGACGCGCCCCGAGACACGCAGAUAUAUGCACGACCGCCGCUGCCCACUAGAUGCUCAUCACUAGAACGUCCGGCCGUGCCUAACAAAUCGGGCAACGCGAACACUUGCCAACAGGAGUUCAAGCCGACCAAACCCUCGUCUUUGCCACCACAUCUUACUAAAGAAAUGCCACAAGCCCUCUACGUGAACAUGUCGGAGCUAGCGACACUGGCGGCGUCGCGUGCGCAGCAACACAACGCCGAACAUCCGCAACAAGAGAAGGUGUGCUCAGAAAGCAGUGCCAGUGAAUCAUCACUCGAAUCGUCCAGCGGUUACGGCAGUCAGGGUGCGUUCGCUGCCGAAGACCACGCACUCCAGCAUCAAGUGCAGCACCCUGAUGUCGAAUCCGAAAUCGUGACUCUACGCCGUGACAGCGAGGCUUCAGUGGCCAGCGCAAGGGAGUCCUUCUCCAUAUCUCUCGGGAGUCUGGAAGAAGCUGUCAGGUGUUUAGACGAGGCGAGUGAGACUCCAGCCUUCGCGACCAUCGGCAAGAAGCCAGCUGUGCCCAAACGUAGACCUGUUUCUAUGACCGCGUCAGUAUGGUGCCGGCGCGGGUCGUCGAGCUCGCUGGGCAAGCCGCCGCCGCCCGUGCGACGGUCUUCUUCCAUCUCGCGGCCUCAGAGGGGACAACAGAACACCCAAAGUCCCCAGCUAUGUACCGAAGCGGACAACCUGCCGCCGCCGCCCGCCUUCUUGUUGCAACCUGACGCCGACGCCGGUGAUUAUGACCCCCACAUAAACGUAGCAGAAACAGUGAAACAACUGACCGAGUUGAAACACAUGCCAGCCUCCCCAGGCAUCGUCCGCCGAAGCUUACAGCAACUACAAAGUCAGAACCAAAAUCAGAAUAACGCCAACCCGCAAUCCCCAACCACCCCAUCUCUUUCUACCUUCCAACAAGCUAAGAGCAAUUUUUCGUCGUCGACAAGUUUGAACAGCACUGGGAAUUUGAACCCUAUAUACGGGCAGACAGGGCACAGAAUCAUGGCGUAUGUGGAAAAUUCUAUGUACGUGAGGAAAAAUAGUUUGAAUAGCUCGAACUCGGAUUUGUUGAAUGCUGCGAUUUACGGUGAAAGUCGCGGUUCGCCGCACGGGUCGUCGCCGUCGACGCCGAGCUACGGCGAGAACAACUCGUUCUCUAGCUUCGGGCCUAGAGUCUCUAACGAGUCACAUUAUGGACAGACGGGCUUCAAAAUGCAACAAGAAAAGAAAUACGGUAACAACACGAUUUACGCUCAACCGUCGGAAAUAAUAGCCGGCUUCAACAACAUGUCGCGACACGACACACUCAGUCCCCUGGCGCUGCGCAAGAACAUCGCCGCCCGCUCACACAGUGCUGACAGACAUCAUUUAGAACAAGGCGGUCUAAUCGCGAGCCUGAGCGCGAAGCUGUCGCCCGCGUCGCCGCGCAGCCCGCGCCGCGCCAUCUCCAGUAUUGCGCCUGCCGACCCACCUGCUAAGGGGAAAGGUACUGUCCCGAGCGCAGUACAACCCGCGUUCCUGGACAAGCUCUCAGCCACCAUCCAGCAACAGCGGCGACAACUCGACAACACCCGCGCCAACACCGUACGAGACAUCAUCAAUGCUCAUGCACAGCCCGACCCUCGAAUCUGCCACACUUCGCUGAUGGAGCAGAUCAAACGCGGCGCAACGUUACGCCGCAACAAACACUGCAACGACCGAUCCGCGCCUAAGAUACGCUAGGAUGAGAAACAUCGAAAAAAAUAAAGCACGAUAAACGUUAAAUAAUUUUCACCGGACACUGCAAGUGAGUAUGCGAAUAUGCUAUCGAAAUUUCGAGAAAUAUUGUAUACAUAUACAAAUAUUAUAUGACGAAAAGAUUCACUUGGAACACGGAAUGCGAAAUUGACCAGAACUUCUUAAUUAAUGAUUGUCAAUCAUAAAAAUACAAUUUAAUGAUUAAUGAAACAAAUAUGAAUGAUACCGAUUUUUUUGCUCUAAUUUAUUUCAAAAGAGGUAUGGAUGCAUUUCAAGGUACAGGCAAAACUAUCUGUGUUUACAUAAUUGCAAAAUUGAACUCCAAAUGGGUAGAUGACACAAAAAUAUAAAAAAUAUUUAAAAAGUCCUGAAUAGCUGAUUAAUUUUGAAAUUACCAUAUCUGUGGGGUUAUAAUGUAUUUUUGGGGGAAAAGUAUGACGUUAUAAUUAUAAUUUCCUACGUAUUUACAUUAUGCAUUUUGUUGAUUAAUGGUGUCAAUCUACUUAAUUGAGAAAAUAUUAAGAUUUCGUGAUGUUUUUGUAAAUCCACCAUAACAGUAGUUGCAAAAAAUUCGGUAAAUAAUUUCUAGAUUCUGGUGAAAAAAUGCAAAAAAUCAAAAUUAAAAUUCGUGUUCCGUGUUUUCAAAGUGAACAAUGAAAAAUCCCAAAAUUAUUGGGUUCAGGACAAUAGUGUAUAAGAUUUUCAAAAUAUAAAAAUUAAUAGCUUUUAAGGGAAAUAAUAUCAAUUUGUUAACAUUACAUAUAUUGAAAAGGUUCAACUAUUUUUUUGCUAUUACAUUAUUUUCAAUGAAUAUUAAUCUACCGAUUUGAUAGACUUUACUGUUGUCCGUAAGACUUUGUAAUGCGUCGAUUGCUAUCAACAAGAACGUGGUAACCAAAAGUUAUCAUUAAAAUAAAUAAUAUAAUUGGUGAUGGCAAUUGAUCGUGUCAAAUUCUGUCAAUGUUCGUGUUUUCUAACAAUUUGUAGUAUACUAUAUUGUAAUGUGAGAAUUCUUUGAGAAAUAUACACUAACAACAUAUCUUUGACUUGAAAAUGUCUUCUUAGUAAAGGGGGUCUCAUGAAUGCGACUUUG